GGCGAGGCCCGGAGCGCGGCAGUGGCGGCAUGGCGGGGCCCGGCUCGGCCGGCUACGAGGCCUUCGUGGCGCUGCACGGGGCGGCGCUCGGCGCCUCCGCCGUCCCGGCCCGCCUCUGGCCCAGCCUGUGGCAGAAGCUGGAGGACGAGGUAUUUGAUGCUGGUGAGUAUUUUGGAAUAAUGCAAGUGGAGGAGGCGGAAGAAAAGGAAGGAGGCAAUGUGGACCUGAAAGAAAAAUUUAAAAAGAGAAUUAAUCCUGGGAAUGAACUUUGCUACAAAGUGAUUGUAACAAAUGAAAAUGGACUUGAGGCAGCAAACUCUAACAGCAUUUUCCUUAUCGACCAUGCGUGGACAUACCGAAUUGAACAUGCCAGCCAGCAGCUGCGGCAGAUCCCGGGGCUGCUUCACAGAAUGGCCAGUUUGAUGGGCCUAGACUUCCACGGAGAAGUGCCAGAGGAGAGAGUUGUCGAACAGGUGUUGGAGGACAUGUGGAAAUACAACCAGACCUAUCAGCUGUCUCAUGGGACUGCAGAAGAAAAGGUUCCUGUCUGGUACAUUAUGGAUGAAUUUGGAUCCAGAAUCCAGCAUUCAGAUGACCCCACUGUUGCAAUGGCCCCUUUAUUUUACAUGCCACAGCAGAUUGCUUAUACCGUUCUCUGGCCCUUAAGAGACCUUGAUACUGGUGAGGAAGUGACCCGUGACUUCGCCUACGGGGAAACCGAUUAUUUACAUAGGAAAUGCCGGCUUUUACCGUGGCUUCCAGGAGAGGUUCAAGAUAUUGACCAUUUCAUCAGAGAGCCAUCAGAUGACUAUUACCAGACAAUUCUAAAGGAAAAUAAAGAAAAACUACCAGUUUCAAUAAAGCCUCCUGUGUAUGCCAAGAAUAAAGUCUUCAAAGUUUAUACAGACGUUCAGCAGGUCCUUCAAAAUCUGACUCAUCCCCGGUUUGAAUUUACUGACUCGGAUCAAGAUGCAGAUCUCCUCUACAGCUUUUCUCACUUCAAAGAUUACAGGAAACUAAGUGAAGAAAGGCCUCAUGUGAUGUUGAAUCAGUUUCCAUGUGAGAACCUUCUGACUGUGAAGGAUUGUCUGGCUUGCGUCUCGAGGCGUGUGGGAGGCUCAGAGGGGCCAAAAUGGCUGCCUCGCACUUUCAACCUGCUUACAGAAUUGCCACAGUUCAUCAGUUAUUUUCAGCAACGUGAAAGGAGAGGAGAAGACAACCAUUGGAUAUGCAAGCCCUGGAACCUGGCCCGAAGCCUUGACACUCACGUCACCAAGAGCCUGCACAGUAUCAUCCGGCAGAGAGAGAGCGGCCCCAAGGUGGUGUCAAAGUAUAUUGAGAAUCCAGUAUUGUUUCAUAUGGAAGAUAUUGGACUGGUUAAAUUUGACAUUCGUUACAUUGUGCUACUGCGAUCGGUUAAACCACUUAAGGUGUAUGUUUAUGAUGUGUUUUGGCUACGAUUCUCAAACCGAGCUUUUUCACUCGAUGAUUUGGAUGACUAUGAGAAGCAUUUUACCGUCAUGAACUAUGCUCCAGGGGUACCAUUAAAACAAAUUCACUGCAAUGAAUUUAUUCCUCUCUUUGAGAAGCAAUAUCCUGAGUGUUCUUGGCAAACCAUUGAAGAGGAGAUCUUUAAGGCCUUUCGUGAAUUAUUCCAAGCAGCUUGUGCAAAACCGGCCCCUCUUGGCAUUUGCGAUUAUCCGUCCUCACGAGCUGCCUACGCCAUUGACCUGAUGCUGAAGUGGGAUACCAGCCGUGAUGGGAAACCAUUUAUGCAGCCCCAGAUUCUGGAAGUGAAUUUCAACCCUGACUGCGAUAGAGCUUGCAAAUACCACCCCUCCUUCUUCAAUGACGUCUUCAGCGCCCUUUUCCUGGAUGACCCCCACAGUUGCCCCGUGACUUCCAUUGUCUAGCUCCGCAUGGCUUGACCCAGUGAACGCCUCCAGUGUCAGGUGAAGAGGCACCGAAUGUAUUCCGAAGCGGAGCUCUGCUUUUUUCUUUCCUGUCAGCUCACAGACAGAUGUUAUCAUUGGCUUUUGUCUUCAAAUGUGUAAUUAAUAUUGUAUACCAAAGAUCAUAGAAGUUCAAGAGCAAAUCAGUUGCAGCUGCGCUUCUUGGCUGCUUCCACACACGUUGGAUAAUCCACUUUCAAUACACUUUAGUGAACAUUUGGAACUGCUUUUCCAUGUGUGGAACAAAAAAUCCACUUCCAAAGGAUUGCGAAAGUGCAUUGAAAGUGCAUUAUUCAACGUGUGUGUGGAAAUGGCCCUUGAUAGUAUGUUUUACUUGCUUACUGGAAUGAUCCAUAUAAUAUAUUUACCUAUAUAUAGUCUUUUUGCCUGCUUUACCGAUUUUUGCAUCAGGUAAUGGAGGGCAUUCAUUCCUCUUCCUCCUGUCUCUUUUUUUAUACAAAUGAAUAUGAAACAUUUAUUUUCAGGUAGCAGCUAGGUGAUGUGACCAAACAGCUUUCAACUUCGAAUUCUAAUAAACAGCGUCACAGUAAAACAUCA